AUGAUAUACUCUAUCGCUGCCGCCGUCGCUGUUGCUCUUUGUUGGUCGCUGCCCGGCGAAUGGCCAGAUGUAUAUGGUGCAUGGGCGGACGCGUAUACUAUCCGGCGGUUUUGGGGGCGGAAACACCACCAGAUAGCACGCCGGUUUGCUGCCUCCUUUGGGAAGAUGUUCUGUCGUCUCUUGAACCUUUCGUCUGGUUCGUGGGUGUCGUCGAACACACAGCUUUACGUAGGCUUCGUGGUAUCUGGACUCCUGCACUGUGGUGGCGAUUUCAUGGUCAGCCGUUCGGACUUUGGAGCAUCGUUUUCCUUCUUCAUCGCACAAGCGGUAGCUUUCUCACUGGAGGAUACCGUCAUCGGUCUCUUUAAGAAGGUGGAUAUGAGACUCCUGAGGCGAUCAGAGCACUGCUUGGGACCCCACUUAGUCGAGCAUGUUGAGAAGAGCGCGAGCGAACAAGGCACGCUCAACCUUCUCACCGUCCUCGUGGUGGUGGUGGUGGCGGUGGUGCUCACCCUCCUCGCGGAACUUCUCGCCGUGGUGGUGGUGGCGGUGGUGCUUGCCCUCCGCCUCCUCGCCAUGGUGGUGGUGGUGGUGGUGACGGUGGUGCUCGCCCUCCCCACCGAAGUUCUCGCCGUGGUGGUGGUGGUGGUGGCGGUGGUGCUCGCCCUCCUCGUGGAACUCCUCGCCCUGGUGGUGGUGACGGUGGUGACGGUGCUCACCGUGGUGGUGGUGGUGGUGGCGGCGAAGACCUUCCUCCUCGUGGUGGUAGUGCUUGCCCUCGUGGUGACGACCAACCUCCUCCUCAUGGUGGUGGUAAUCACCCUCGUCCCCGCGGCGGGAGAGCUCGUGCUCGUGGUGACGGUGCUCCUCGUGGCCGAAGUGCUCCUGUCGCUCAUCCUCGUCGUGGUGACGGUGCCCCUCGUGGCCGAAGUGCUCCCGCUCCUCCUCCUCGUGGUGAUGGUGGUGGUGGUGGCGGUGGUGCUCACCCUCGCGGAGGUGACGGCCCUCCUCCUCUUCCUCCUCCUCGUGGUGACGGUGCUCGCCAUGGUGGUGGCGGUGAUGACGGUGCUCACCGUGGUGGUGGUGGUGGUGGUGACGGUGCUUGCCUUCGUGCUCCAGUCCACUCUCCUCCUCAUGGUGGUGGCGGUGCUCACCCUCCUCAUACUCGCGGCGGGAGAGCUCAUGCUCGUGCUCGUGUUCAUGCUCGCGCUCGUGCUCGUGGUGCUUGUGCCCGUGGUGGUGGUGGUGGUGACGGUGGUGGCCCUCGUAUUCGGAGUGCUCGUGGUGCUCAGGCCAACGGUGCUCCUCUUCGUCCUCAUAACGGAAACGGUCAAGAUCGUGGUGGCGAUGCUCCUCUCCAUGAUGGUGGAAAUGACCGUGGUGAUGAUGCGAAUGGAAUUCCUCGUCGCGAUCUUCCCGGAAGCGACCUUCAUCAAGACCAUGCUCGCGCUGCUCUUCAGCGCGCGCUGCCAGCUCCCGCGCAACGAGAGACACACGGUACGGGGUGGGCGCGGCGCUGUCAAAUAG